AUGCUGUCACAGCUCCACCACCACAGCCAUAGAGACCAGCUCAUUCCUAUGCAGAUGGCAGAUAUGUUUUUGGUUGUUGGUGGGGACCUGCAUGCACAGUGUAUUCCACCUUGGCAUCAGUGCACCAUGCAGAGCUGCUUAGUGUGUAGAGAUGCCUUCACAGCUCCACCACCACAUGUACAGAAACCAGAUCCUUGCCAAGUUGAAGGCAGGUUGCUGUGGGGAGCUGCGUGUGCAGUGUGUGCAAUCCUGGCUGCCGUGCUGAGCCAGCUGGCGUUGGAGAGGUAUCGCCACAGCCCCACCAUCACUUCUGUAGAGACCACAGCCUACCCCAUCUGGAACGUGCCAUUCCCGGCUCUCACUCUCUGCAACAACAACAAGGUGUAUGGGCCAGCUGCGGAUCGCUUUAUAGAAAAUCUGACGCGGGCGACUGGUGUGAGUCGGGCAGACGCCCUGGUGGCCCUGCAGCAGCUGCCGCAUUUGGUGAAUCCAGUGACGCCUAAGGGAGGCCGGCGGGCGGUGCGAGAGGCCGCCGCCUUGCUCUCUGGCUAUCCCGCAGACGCGCUCAUGCGAGAGCUGAUGCAGCCGUGCGAGAAGCUGGUGGUGCGCUGCGAGUGGAACGGGCAGCCGCGGCGCUGCGCUGACCUCGUGCACGCGGUGCCCUCCAUGGAGGGCUUCUGCUGCGGCUUCAACUACCGCGCUCUGCUGCCGGAACUCGACCCCUGGGUGAACCCCGCCGAGCCGAUGCUGAGGACAGCUAUGGCGGGACCCCGCUCCGGCGUGUCCCUCUUGAUGGACUGCGAGACGCAGCACUACGUGGCAUCGCUAGGCGGCUACUAUGGCGUUUCGGUGUUGGUGCACGACCCGCAGGACUACCCGGAGACGUCGGUGCAGCAGGUGCUGGCGCAGCCGGCCACGGAGGUGUCGGUGGUGCUGGACCCGCGGGCCAUUCGCAGCACCAGGGACGUCCGCCGCCUGCCGGCCGAGGCGCGCCGCUGCUGGUUCGACGACGAGGGAGAGACUGCGCACGCCCCCGCCCUGUUGCAGGUGCGCUCGCUGUCGUGGGCGGACGACUACAGCCACCAGACGUGCAUCAGCGAGUGCCGCCGGAACCUGCUGCUGGCGCUCUGCCACUGCGCACCCUUCUACUACCCCAGAGAAAAAGAAGGAAUUCGAGUUUGCGGCCUGCAGGACGCCGCUUGUAUCGAGCAUCACCAGGGAGAGUUGGCGCGCAUGCGAUUCCACACGUCAGGUGGAGGCCACGUCGGGAACGGUGGGAGAGGUCGGGAGUCGUCGGACCCAGCCGCCAGCUGCGUGUGCCUGCCCCAGUGCUCCGACAAGUUCUACUCGGCCACCGCCGAGAAGGUCGCUCUCAGCCCGCAGCUCUUCAACUCGUCCCUCGUCCUGAAAGGCCAGACGUCUCCAAACCUCACUGUCCUAAAUGCUUACUUUGGUGACAUCACCUGCAUCAAGUAUCAGAGGACUGUCUACAUGACGUGGGACAAUCUGCUUGCAACUAUCGGGGGCAUCCUGGGCCUGUGCCUGGGGGGCAGCCUGCUGAGCGUGGUGGAGCUGGCUUACUAUGCCACCCUCUUCCCGUGGCUGCGUCGCCGCCCAGCGCCGCCAACGUCGCAGAAGCUCCACGGCCGCCAUCUGAAGUCGGUGGCUCCGUGCACUUGCCGGGUGCUGCCGCCCGCUUACGGUGCUGCCAAUGGACGGCUGCCCUUCUUCUUCUAA